AUGCUGAUGUCCAUCAGAGAAGAUGUAGUUGAAGCAACUUCAUCGAUUGUGCCAGAGAAGAUCCAUUCCGAUGCUCGUAAUUUUUCCUUGGUUACAAGUUCCUCACAAGUCCGUUCACCCUUGUAUUUGAAAAGCUUGGAUGCUGACGGAGAAGAUAAUUCUACAGUUGAGAAACAAAUAACACAUUCGAAGAAAGUAGCUGAUACGGAAUUAGACAGAAGCCUGGAAUGUUUGAAAGAGAACGAGAACGACGUAAAGACAAACGGUGAAGUGGAACUUUCCGCUGUUGAGGAUGCUUUAAUUCAAGUUGUACCAGAAGUCUCCGAGAACCAAAAUCCUCGAAAAAUCGGACCCUACGAUUUUGAUCAACAUGCCAACUUCUUAAAUUCCUGA